AUGGCCACCUUCGCUGGAGCUGGAAGUAUUGGAAGGGGCUUCCCGAGCGACUUCACCAAUAGAACCGACAUCCGUGGCAACCUUUCAGUUCAGUGCAUGAUGCUCCUCCCUCCACCUUACGGAUCCUAUUACAUCGAGAAGGGCACCGGCCUCUCCCUGGGCUCAGUCAUUGUGUACUGGUGCAGAGAGGGGUAUCAAUUGGUGGGCAGUGAGAAGCUGGCCUGCCUCCUCCGAGACAGCACCUCUUACUGGAGCCACCCAGCACCUCACUGCGAGGCCAUCCCAAAGCCCCUUGACAAAGGGUUCCGGGUAGCAGUCAUAGCCUCUCUCAUCAGCGGCGUGAUCAUUCUGACCAUGUCAGUCUCCUUUGCUACAUGCUGCUUGCGUGACAGGCUGCUGAGAAACAGCGCACAGCAGCUGGACACCAGGGAGGAGCAACAGCAUGGCAGGAUGUGCCGGGGUGCAAGGCAGGCUGAUUCCACUAACAAGGAAACGGAGAAGCAACGAAGAGCUUUUGGGAAAUUGAAGCACCAUCGCAGGCUUGAUUACCGCAUCUCCGCCCUCCGUAGUUCUGUAUACCCUGGGGCACUUGCAGGGUGCAGUAACCAGGGAUUCCAAAGGAGUCAGGAGAAUUCACACCAGCCAGCCAUGCAAAGCUUAUGCUCUGAAAUCCAUGUCUUCCCACAAGUGGUUCUGCGGCCAGGGGCAACACCAUCUGCCUCCUCUAUGUACAUUCAUUUGCCCCAGAAGCCAGGAGAUAUCUCCCUGGCUAUAAUGCCUUGUCAUGCCAACUCCCCCAGAGAUGUACCCACAGCUUACUACAGAGGAUAUGAAGAACAUAAGACCUUAAGCCUGUAUUGAUAGCGAUCAGCUUACAAUUUUAAGCCAUCACCCAUUUCCUUAUUAACACCAAUUCCUUGGAAGUUUUCUGAGCUCAGCAAGCAGAGUCAUAUGACAAUCAGUUUGACUGGAUUUUCAAGCUGUCUAUUGCAAACAGGUGGAAGAGAGUGACAUUUCAUGUUGAAAGUAUAUUUGACUCCAAUCUUGUUUAAUUCUGCACCAAGGCUGUUUAC